AUGCAUGCUAAGGCGACAUGGACGGCCCUCCGACGCCUGAUGCCCGGACAGCGUCCGUUUGUGCUUAGCCGAUCGACAUUUACGGGUGCUGGUCGCUACACCUAUCACUGGACAGGGGACAAUUUCGCCACCUGGGAAGACCUCGCUGCCUCAAUCCCACAGAUCCUAAACUUCAAUAUUUUUGGAAUUCCUCUGGUAGGCGCGGAUGUUUGUGGUUUCAUUGGAAACACCACGGAGGAAUUGUGCAUUCGGUGGAGUCAACUGGGUGACUUUUACCCCUUCUCGAGAAAUCACAACAUUCUAAACGGUCGGGAACAGGAUCCCACUAGUUGGGGUGGCGUGACUGUGGGCACCAUUCGGAGGACUAUCGAACUCCGCUAUAGCCUGAUACCCUACCUGUACAGUCUCUUCUACAGGGCAAAUUUAGACGGGAGAAAUGUUGCACGCGCGCUAUCACUUGAAUACCCAAAGGACCUGACGUGUCAUUCGAUCAAAAAGCAGCUUCUCUGGGCUUCCUGUCUUCUGAUCACGCCUGUGUUGAAGCUGGGUGCCAGGAGCGUCUAUGGCUAUCUACCGCAGGGUCAGAGGAUCGGACUGAAUGGCCAUUUACGUCUCAAAAGUAAAGGCGAAUGGUUCUAUUUUGAGACACCACUAAAUCAGAUUCCUCUUCACGUGAAGGCUGGCUGUGUACUGCCAAUGCAUGUGCCUGCACAGACACUUAAUCAGGCGCGCGAAAGAGGAAUUGGUGUUUUGGUUGUCCUGAAGUAG